AUGGCGCAAGAUUCUGAAAAGAGAUUUCAUUCCAUCAUGGACAAGCUCUUCCAUCCUCCCAAACCCCCUUCCUCCUCCAGUUCAUCUGGAGUGCAGUUAUCAGGGAGUAAGAAACGUCCUUACCAGUCAGGGUUUAUGGAGUUGAGUCGGAGAGGGGAUGUUGCUGAGGGACAACAGUCCUCCUCUGCGUCGUCCACCGCACUGCAGGGACCACUCUGCCGACCGUGGGAUCGUGGUGACUUUAUGAGGAGAUUAGCUACAUUCAAAUCUAUGUCAUGGUUUGCUAAACCAAAGGUGGUGAGUGCUGUAAAUUGUGCUAGUAGAGGUUGGACCAAUGUGGAUAUUGAUACCAUAGCCUGUGAAGCAUGUGGAGCACGUCUUCUUUUCUCUACACCAGCAUCUUGGAAUCAGCAACAAGUGGAGAAGGCAGCAUUGGUAUUUAGCCUAAAGUUGGAUAAUGGACAUAAAUUACUUUGCCCAUGGAUUGAUAAUGCCUGCAAUGAAACACUGGCACGAUUUCCUCCUACAACUCCUCAGAUAUUAGCUGAUAAUUUUAGAGAACACUGUUUUACACUAUUGCAACUUUCAGCUCUUCCACGUAUUUCACCUUCAGCUAUAGACUACAUCCGAAGCCAAAGCCCACUUCUGGAAGACUUUCUCGGACAAUCUUUGAUGCUGGAGUAUGGAAAUGGAUCUACUGAAAAUUCUGGGAUUGGGGAUGUUAGUAGUCAGGAGGAACUGAAAUUUUAUUAUCAGGCUCAAAAGCUUAUAAGUUUAUGCGGUUGGAAACUUCGUCCUCUACCUUACGUUGUUGAUUGGAAGGAUAUAUCAGAUCAGUCUCUUAAAAAUACAACUAAUCUUGCAGUUCAUUCUACUGGCACAGAUGAAAAUAAAACUGAUGAAAACUCCAUGCAGUCUAUUGGGGAACAAAUGGAUCCCAAUUCUGCAGUAUUAGAUUGUACCCUGUGUGGGGCCACUAUUGGAUUGUGGGCAUUCUCUACAGUUCCUCGGCCUGUAGAAUCAUUCAGAUUAGAGGGAUAUGCUGAAGUGAACGGUGAAAAUGCUUUUGUGGCCCACAAUUUAUUAAAUAAAAAUGAUCUUGAAAAUAGGCAGGAUGGCAUGCCUGAUGUUGCAAAUUCGUCAAAGGAUACUUCUUCAAGUCUAAAUAUGACAAUUGCAGGGGGUCCUCUCCCAACAAAGCAAAACUUUAAGGCAAUAAUAUCUCUUCCCGUUAUUGGUCAGAAUUUAAGGGCUCGCCUUUCUUAUGAUUCUAAUUUUAGGGAUCAUGCUUUUGUGGACAAAGUUGGUAAUGAAUCAAAUUUACAGGAGAAAACUGACAAUACCAUUAAUGCUGCUUCUAUUGGACAACUUGUUCCUGUGUCAUCUGAAAUCACACAGAUAGCAAAUUGUGAAACUGGUUCUCAAGCAAGUAUAUCUGGUUCAGAUGUUAUAGUGGACACCCAUCAUGCAGGAGAAUCAUUUGCUCUUGAGGAUAAGAUGCCUAUACACACAGAUGCUGAUAAAUUGAAUAGUUCAGCUGCAGGAUAUCCUAGUAAUUCUCAGAAAGACUCUACAGAAGGUGAAGCACUUUCUGUUUCUCACAAGACUUUGGAUGGCGGUGUUGGUAGUGACAGAGAAGAGAAUCCUAUUAGCAGUGACAUCGUACAUUCUAGUUUUGCUAAGUUUAAGAACCCCGCACCGUCUGAUAAAGCAAUGGAAUUUGAUCCAAUCAAGCAACACAGACACUUUUGCCCCUGGAUUGCAUCAAUAAAUGACGGGGAAGCUGGGUGGAAACAAACGUUAUCUGCUUUGUAUCAUCAGAAAAAUCAGUUGCCACGAUCACCAAAUAGAUCUCCAUCAUCUCUGCCCAUUCUUAAGGUGGAUGAUCCUGUGGGUUCAAUUAGAAAGCUUUUCAUGUCUCCAUCGACGAAAAAAAUGAAGUCCACUCAUAUUACGGGGCAAAAUACAUAA